ACACACACACACACACACACACACACGGAGCAUCGUCCAGGAAGGAAAUCCCAAGUGAAACGCGUCAAGCGGUGGACGAACGACUGCUUUUUUCCCUGCGGUUUCGGCUCCGUCAUACGCUUCCGUCUGGACAGAGGCUCGGUCACCAUGCUGAUUAAAGAAUUCCGAAUUGUUCUGCCCCUUUCAGUGGAGGAGUACCAAGUGGGUCAGCUGUAUGCAGUAGCAGAGGCCAGUAAGAGUGAGACGGGUGGAGGAGAAGGUGUGGAGGUGCUGGUCAAUGAGCCCUAUGAGAAUGAUGGAGAGAAGGGACAGUACACCCACAAGAUCUACCACCUGCACAGUAAAGUGCCAGGUGCCAUCCGCAUAGUUGCUCCGAAAGGUUCUCUGGAGAUUCACGAGAAGGCCUGGAAUGCAUAUCCAUACUGUCGAACCAUCCUUACAAAUACCUGGAUGAAAGACAAGUUCAUGAUUAAGAUCGAGACAUGGCACAAGCCUGAUAUGGGGGAUCAGGACAAUGUACAUGGACUAGACAAAAGCUCAUGGGAAGCAACUGAAGUUGUUGACAUUGACAUUGCUGACAAAAGUGGCAUAAGUCCAAAGGACUACAAAGCAGAUAUGGAUCCAGCCCUCUUUAAGUCAGAGAAGACCGGUAGAGGGCCUCUGGGACCUGACUGGAAGAAAGAACUCGCUAACAACCCAAACUGUCCACACAUGUGUGCCUAUAAGCUAGUCACUGUUGAAUUUAAGUUGUUGGGACUACAGGGCAAGAUGGAAAGCUUCAUUCAAAAGGUGGAGAAGCGUUUGUUCACCCUCUUCCACAGACAGCUGUUCUGCUGGAUCGACAGAUGGAUCGAUCUGUCCAUGGAUGAUAUACGACGUAUGGAAGAAGAGACAAAGAAUGAGCUGGAUGAGAUGAGGAAGAAUGAUGAAGUUAAAGGCAUGUCAGCUGAUGUCAACUGAUGGCAACUGACUGGUUUACCCAAUCCCUCUCUGAUACGGGAGGAUUUGACUUCCUUCAACAAGCUCAGACCCCUCACCUUGGACACUGGACCUAGAUAAGCUUGAUAGGCAUAAUCAAGAAUACCCCACUUAUAUCUCAAUAAAAUUUGCUCUUAAUAAGAGCUCAUUAUUGUAAAGCAUUUGUGUGUAUUUAUGUACUACAUUUGAAUACAACAACCGCAGCUUUUUUUUUUUUUUUCAAAGAGACAAUUUUGCAUAUUGUGGAAUCAGUUUUGAAGAUAAAUAAAACAAAUAUAAUGUUCUUGCUUAUGCCUAUUCGGUCCUUUUGAAUUUUAAACAUUAGGGAACAGGUGUGGGUUGUCGCUGAAACAACAUUUCUGAUUACUGUUAUCCUGUUUUUAUUUUUAAUGGUAGUUAUUUGGGUUUAGUUAUUUUUCCUUGAGUUUGUAUUUUCCAGUUUUUUACUUUUUCUUGAUAAAAAUUCUUUUCUGAUUUCAAAAAAGUACAGUUAUUGCUCUGUUUUGUCAAACUGGAAAUGCAUCAUGACAGGUUGGUUGGAGGCAAAACUAUUACACAUUGACGUUGAGAAGGCUCCAUCAGAGACAUUUAAUAUACUCUCAGAGUAGUCUGGUAAUCCUGGUCUGACUGCACCAUCUGCUGGUCACGUGGUUGGUUUAGCGUCCUAUAAAGAUGCCAACUGCUGUUUUUUAAUUAUAGGUUUUGGUUGACGUUUUGGAGUGUUAGUGAUGAUCGUAUGUAAAUGUAUAUGAAUGUGUCAGAAUUAUUGACACAUGAAGCAGCUGUGUCUUGACAUCUGUUCAAAAGUUUGGCGUAAGCUGUGUCAUUGUGAGUCUUGUCCUGUGUUCAGUGAAAUAACCUGGAUUUUAAUGGCAUGAGUUAUAUUUAUGUGUAGUAAAUGUAAAGACUAUGUAUUUGUUCCUUGAUUUGUAUAUCUGAACAUUGUACUUAUGCUGUAGUUUAGUGAGCAAAAAGCCCAUCCAUCAGCCGCAGCUACAAUAAACCUUUAAGUCUGCAUCCUUCAGAAUAAAAGCAUCCCACAAACGGACUCAAAACACUAAAUGCGGCAGUAAACGUACACAUAGACUAUGUCAAAAUGCUUCCUUGUACUUCAUCUUGAAACUAACAUUAAUCUGUAGCUGUGUUGGAGGGCAAACUAUAUAAUGGUGAGUUUUUGAGAGCAAAGUGUUGCAAACGCAAACUACAUGUGAUGCAAUUCACAGAACUUACUUUUGGUUAUUAAAAAAAUGGAUAUCAAUAAAAUUUGUGCAGUGCAGAUGAA